UCAGGAGUAUCAUAAAUAAAAAUUUUAAAAAUGGCCGCGAACCGUUCCCCAGCUCCAUUGGUUCCAGCCAACAGCACUCGUCCUAGAAGCAACAUUGAGGAGGCAGCAGUGGAAGACUACUCAGGAGAGCUCCGUCGCAAGAAGCGCAUCAAGUUUCGCAUGGUCUCCGCCACAUUCGACAACUUCACUGUCGGGACCCCAUCCAGCCCUUCCUUUGAUCUCAACAUGAAUGCUCAACUUGGUGUCAAGAACACAAAUUUUGGUAAUUUCAGGUACCCAAGCACCACCAUGUACUUGUACUACCGAGGUACUCAAGUUGGGGAGGCCCUCGUUCCCAAGGCAAACGUGGGAUGGAGAACCACCAGGAAGUUUGACGUUGUCGUCAAGCUUAGCUCAGCUAAUUUGACAUCAAAUUCCCAAGUACUGGCAGAUGAUAUAAACGCUGGUGUUUUGCCAAUUACCAGCCAGUCUGAUUUGAGGGGCAAAGUACGGUUAACCUUCAUAUUCAAAAAGAAGAAAUCCAGCAAAAUGAACUGCACCAUGGAUGUUUUUACUGCAACUCAACAGCUUUCCAACAUCUCAUGCAAAUAAUAAAUGAAUGUUAUCUUUUGCUUUGGUGUUGGAGCGAGGUUGGCCCUGAAUGAUGAUCAAAUUUGCAUACUCGACCUAUAGUAGGGAACACUGAUAUCUUAUAUGGUCCUAUGUAUGUAUCUAACGUCUCAUCAGGUCAUGUUAGUAUAAUCCGUUCGCUUGCUUGUUAUCUAUUGUGUUUUCUAAAGCUUUUAUCUUGUGGGCUUUGUUUUGUUAAUGAAUGC